AUUACAUAUGUAAGGAAUAGCGAAGAGAUAGAGAGAGAAAGCGGCGAAGGGGGAUUGAAUGAAGUGGCGAAGGAAGUGUUCGUGUUUGGCAUUGGCAUUGGCAUUGGCAAUGAAAGAUUAUAAUUAAAAUAUUAAUUGGGUAAUUAAAUAAAAGAGGGGAAAGCUCCCGCCAGCAGAAGUAGAAGCGAUGGAGCAAGCGGUGUCACUGAUUGGUGCCCUCAACCUUGUGUCCCGCAACCUCCCUCUUCCCCCUGACCUCUUCCACACCGUUUCUUCUAUCUAUCGCCGAUCUCACUCUCUCAACUCCUCCUCCGAUGCAUCCAAUUCUGCAUCUGAAGAAGAUUUAUUGACGGACCUUCAAGAUGCGCUGUUGGACCGGCGUCCUAGCUUCUCGUCUGGUUUCAAAUUGAACAAAACAAUGGAAAGCCGUUAUCAGAGUCAGAUUCAGCACCGCUUAAUCGAACUCGAAGGAUUGCCUUCAAGCAGGGGAGAGGACCUACAGACGAGGUGCUUGCUUGAGCUUUAUGGACUAAAGCUAGCGGAGUUGCAGAGGAAGGUUCGGACUGAUGUGAGUUCUGAAUACUGGCUUAGUGUUAAAUGUGCAUAUCCUGACAGGCAAUUGUUUGAUUGGAGCAUGAUGCGGUUGCGUCGUCCACUAUAUGGUGUUGGAGAUCCAUUUGUCAUGGACGCUGAUGAUCAAAUAAGAAAGAAACGGGAUGCGGAGAGACUAUCGAGAUUAGAAGAGCAGGCAAAAAAUCAUAUAGAGACUAGAAAACGAAGAUUUUUUGCAGAAAUACUGAAUACUGUCCGUGAGUUCCAAUUACAAAUUCAAGCUUCGAUGAAGCGAAGAAAACAGAGGAAUGAUGGUGUCCAGGCAUGGCAUGGAAGGCAAAGACAACGUGCAACACGAGCUGAGAAAUUGAGAUUCCAAGCCUUAAAGGCCGAUGAUCAAGAAGCUUACAUGAGAAUGGUCAAAGAGAGUAAGAAUGAAAGGUUGACUUUGCUUCUUGAAGAAACGAAUAAACUACUUGUAAAUUUGGGAGCAGCAGUUCAACGUCAAAAGGACUCAAAACAAUCAGAUGGUAUUGAACCCUUGGAAGAUUCAGAAACUGAUUUACCUGAGUCAGAUGGAUUGAAGAAUGGAAUUUCUAAGGAAUCACCUCUUGAGGAAGAUGUGGAUUUGAUAGAUUCUGAUCAUAAUGGCAACACUAGUGAUUUACUUGAAGGUCAGCGGCAAUACAAUUCUGCCAUACAUUCAAUUCAAGAAAAGGUGACUGAGCAACCAUCUGUUCUUCAAGGUGGAGAAUUAAGACCGUACCAGCUAGAAGGGCUUCAGUGGAUGCUUUCUUUGUUCAAUAACAACUUAAAUGGAAUAUUGGCUGAUGAAAUGGGGCUUGGGAAGACAAUACAAACCAUUUCAUUGGUAGCAUACCUUAUGGAAUACAAGGGUGUGACUGGUCCUCACUUGAUUGUGGCUCCAAAGGCUGUUCUUCCAAAUUGGAUCAAUGAAUUCUCAACAUGGGCUCCUAGCAUCACAGCUAUUCUUUAUGAUGGACGGCUGGAAGAGCGAAAAGCAAUGAAGGAAGAAUUGUCAGGGGAGGGGAAAUUUAAUGUUCUGAUAACACACUAUGAUCUUAUAAUGAGAGAUAAAGCAUUUCUCAAGAAAAUCCAUUGGCACUACUUGAUUGUGGAUGAAGGGCAUCGGUUGAAGAAUCAUGAGUGUGCUCUAGCAAGAACCCUAGACUCUGGCUAUCACAUUCAACGAAGACUUUUGUUGACUGGUACCCCAAUUCAGAACAGUUUGCAGGAAUUAUGGUCCCUGCUCAAUUUUCUCCUUCCAAACAUUUUCAAUUCAGUUCAGAAUUUCGAGGACUGGUUUAAUGCUCCUUUUGCGGAUCGAGUUGAUGUCUCCCUAACUGAUGAAGAACAGUUAUUGAUCAUUCGGCGUCUGCAUCAAGUGAUAAGGCCCUUCAUAUUAAGAAGAAAAAAGGAUGAGGUGGAAAAAUAUCUUCCUGGGAAAUCUCAGGUCAUACUCAAAUGUGAUUUGUCAGCCUGGCAGAAAGUAUAUUAUCAACAAGUCACUGACGUGGGCAGAGUUGGCUUAGACAAUGGUUCUGGAAAAUCAAGAAGUCUACAGAACUUGACAAUGCAACUCAGAAAGUGUUGUAACCAUCCCUACCUCUUUGUGGGAGACUAUGAUAUCUAUAAACACAAGGAGGAGAUUGUCAGAGCAUCAGGAAAGUUUGAACUUCUUGACCGUUUGCUUCCCAAACUUCGUAGAGCUGGUCACAGGGUCCUUCUUUUUUCACAAAUGACUCGUCUUAUGGACAUUCUCGAAAUUUAUCUGCGACUUCAUGAUUUUAAAUUUCUUAGACUUGAUGGCUCAACAAAGACCGAGGAAAGAGGCUCCCUACUACGGAAAUUCAAUGCACCUGAUUCUCCAUACUUCAUGUUUCUCUUGAGCACCCGUGCAGGAGGUCUUGGUUUGAACUUACAGACAGCAGAUACUGUUAUAAUCUUUGACAGUGAUUGGAACCCACAGAUGGAUCAACAAGCUGAGGAUCGAGCCCAUCGAAUUGGACAAAAAAAGGAAGUUAGAGUUUUUGUCUUAGUUAGUGUGGGAUCAAUCGAAGAGGUGAUUUUAGAGCGUGCUAAACAAAAGAUGGGCAUUGAUGCCAAAGUCAUCCAGGCAGGGCUUUUUAACACUACUUCAACAGCACAAGACAGAAGAGAAAUGUUGGAGGAGAUCAUGCGUAGAGGUACUAGCUCACUUGGUACAGAUGUGCCAAGUGAGAGAGAAAUUAACCGUCUUGCAGCCCGAUCUGAUGAGGAAUUUUGGCUGUUUGAGAAAAUGGAUGAAGAGAGAAGGCAAAAGGAGAAUUACAGGUCUCGGCUCAUGGAAGAGCAUGAACUGCCAGAUUGGGUAUACUCUCCUCUAAAUAAGGAUGAUAAGGUCAAAGCUUUUGACAGUGGUAGUGUUACUGGAAAGCGGAAAAGAAAAGAAGUGGUAUAUGCAGAUACGCUUAGUGAUCUACAAUGGAUGAAGGCUGUGGAAAACGGGCAGGAUGUAUCUAGGUUUUCAGUAAAAGGGAAAAGAAGAGACCACCUCCCUGUUGACAACCACGCACAAGCUAGUGGUGACAUGAGGACUGAAGAAAGGUUCUUAGAGUUGAGGAAUGCGAGUGUCUGCAUGGAAAAUGAGAGAUCAAGUGAAGAUACAUUCAAUGUGACUCCUGCCUCUAAGAGACUCAAGUCUGAAGAAAUAAAUUCCCAGAAGCAUGAAAACGAGGACGUCAGAGUAAGUGGUAUGGACGAGCAUAUAGUUUCCUGGAAUACUCACAGAAAGAAGAGAUCAAGCUAUGUUGGCCAGGGUUCAUUCUCUGAUAGUAGAGAGCAGAAUGCAAAUGGAAGAGAAAACUGGAACUGAUAGGAGCUUUAAUUUGGUCAUGGAUGCCAGCAAAAUUUUUCAACGCUUGAAUUGUGAUUCUGUUUUUCAUUCUGUGGGUUUGUCAAUAGUUGAUGGUGGAUUGCAUUCAGUCAACAAAAGAAGAUAGCAGCAAAUUGCUUCUGGCAGUUGUAACUUAAAUGAGUAUUAAUGUAAAAUUAAAUUGAUGAAAACGUAUUUCACCUGGUUGAUUUCCGCGCUUCUGUCUGUAUGGCAUAGCAAUGGAAUUCCGCGGAUAAUGGUAGUUGGCGAACACUUAUCGAAAUAAAGACCAGAACGACCCCCAGAAAAAUUAUUCAGAAAACAAAACUUUAUUUAGUAAAAUGUAUAUUAUACUCAUUCUAGCUGACUAUUUUUUUAAUUUUUUUUUUGUGUGUGUGUAUGAAUGUAUAUUGAAUGCACGAAUCCCGUGGACAAGUGGGGCGUCUCUUUCCUAAUUUUCUCCUGUACAUAUUGGGAAAUAUUGCCAUUUUAUUUUUCUUUUUGGGUGAACGUUCGUAUAUAGAACGGUUAUAUAUAAUUUAAGCUCAUGUUUUAUCCAUCACAAAUUUUAUUCAAUAAUAAAAUAUAUACAACAAAUGUUUGAAAAAUAUACUACCUGCAUUUUUGUUAAUAUUUACGUCUAUUCUGCUAACUAAAGGACGGUAGACGUAGGAUGACGACUAUUGCCUGCAAAGCCAUUCGAGGGUAAAUAUGCACAUAACAAAGCUAUAUUUUUUCUUACCACGGGUGGAGGCUUGAAGGGCUAACUAUAUCAUCUCAUUUAUUAUCAAAACUAGCUUCAAAUAGAUAGACAACGUAGUAUGUUGAGAUGAAAGGCUGCUGCAACAUUUGGGCCUUUAUCUGGAAAUGCCAUAAUUUAUCACAUGAAGAAAUUUAACUUAUGGUCAAAUAUGCAACUAUAUAUAGUUAAUGUUUAUUUGGGUACCCAAGUACACUUGUUUUUUGAAUUUUUUCUUACAAGGAGAAAAGUUAAAAUACAUUGACUCAUUAUAUCUCACUAAAACUAGUGGAGAGGAACUUGAUAGAGUAUGAAAAAAGAGAAACUUGUUAUAGCAAAAACAUUGUGAGAAAAGAAAACUCAUUAUCAUUUUCGCGCACCAUUAUACUGUCAUUUUUCAAAUUGAAAUUAUGGACUUGUUUACCAUGGAAUCAAACUGAUUUUUGGAUAGUAAGUUCGUACGUAAAUCUUCAUUUUGUUUGGUUGGAUUAUUGAGAAAAAUUCUAGAGAGUAAAAAAUAAAUAUCACAAUUUUAUAUUUUGUAAUCGAGUUUUUUCAUCUUAUAUUUUGUUUGUGAGCAUUGAUGUUUUGUUUGCUUUGAUUGUUUGUAAGCACGAUUUGUGCACUCAUUAGAGACGUUCUUGUAUCUUUUUUUUUUUUUUUUAUCAUAGUGAAUUAUUUAUGGUCUGGAUGAAUUGUUUGUUUUAUCCUUACUUUGAAAGAUUUUUCACGUAACAAUUAUUUGUCUUGUGCUGUUUUAUGGUUAUGUUUUUGCUUUAUUUUCAUUGGUUUUUCUUAUUGACUUUUACAAGUUUGAAGGAAUAUUUUUUCAUUGUCUAUUGUGUUUGUGUUGACAUUCCCCGAUCAGAAUGACAUCAAAAAAACACUUUAGUUAAGUGGUCGUGGUUUCUUGACUUACUUGGAUGAUGGAGAUACAAGGAAAAAUGAUUUCUUUGAAUGGAGCAAACUAUUAGUUGGAAAGGCAAAAUGAAAGACUUGUUAUUGGUAAAAAAAAAUGCAUCUUCUUAUCUUUGGUUUAAGGAAGCCAAAUUCUAUGUGUGAAACUAUGAAUACUCAAUUUUGUCCAUUUGAAUAAAAAAGAUUUGUAUGCGAAAUGAGAAUAAUAUUUUUAAAUAGGAUCCAUAAAAAUAUAUACAAUAUUUUAAAAUGACAAAAAUAAAGAUUGCAAUAAUUAAAAUACUAAGUAAAAUACAACUAAAAAUAAUAGAAAUAAAAUCUCUCUUCUAAAUAUUAAAUUAAUUUAGUUUUAAUAAAAUUCAUCAAUCCGUUGCUUAUAACAAAUUUAUCAUUUUAUAACAAAAUUUUCCAUUUUGCAACAAAUUAAAAAUUUAAAUUAGGAUAAACUAACAAACCAAAAUAAAAUAAAAUAAAAAAAUAUAAAAGAGGAAUCUUUUGAUAUUUUUGCUACAACGAGAGAGCACUCUGAAAAACUAGUGAAACUGUUGUAUUCUUGCUGUAGCGAGAGGACCCUAAGAAAAAAAGGGACAUUCUGUCGCUUUUUCGCUGCAGCGAGAGUGUUGCUGUAGCAGCUCGUGACUUAACUUUUUAAAUUGCAGAGAAGAUGGCCAUUUUUCAUUUAUAAAAUGCGCUCUCUUCCCCCCAUUGCUCUCAAACUCUGUUUUCCACCAGAAACUAGCCACUUUUCACCCUCACUCACUUAAGAAUCUACAUAAUGAGUCAAGGAUAAGUGUUUGUUUACUUCCUUCCUUGUUAUUUUAGUUGUUUUCUCUCGUUCUCCCAAAAUCUAGAUCUUUCAUUAUAUAAUUCAUAGAAAUUAAUGUUUGAACUGUGAAAAUCGGAUUGUAAAUAUGAUGACUUAGUAUGUUUUGUUGUUGUAAUGUGUGUUUCUCAAACCCUAGGACCAAAACUAGGGAACAAUGAUAGGUAGGGUUAGAAUAUGAUACUGAAAUCACAGGGGAAUUGAAGGUUGUGGUGUUUUGGGAUAUAACAAUAACAUUUUUUCACAGGAGGGUUAAUUUGAAAAUUAUAGUUUGAAAUGCAGGAUAGGGUCAUUUAGAAUGAAUAUUGUUAGAGUCUUGUUGAUAAUUAAGAGUAGCAGAUCCUUAGGUAUGAAUUUCUCUAAUUUUCUUGAUUCUGUGAACCCUAAAAUAUGAAUUGCUACUUAAAAAGGGACAGAUUUUGAAUUAAAAGGACUUCU